AUGACACUUCCUCACCUCCCGACCACCAUAACAGUUUUAAGGCAAGCUAUUAUCACCGAUCAUCUCCAACAACCUUUGUUCACUACGACCUCGAUCGCCGGUCCCUGUGUUCGAUCAACCAUCACCAUCGGAACGCAACUGAGCAACGUCGCCUGCGAGAUCGCGUCUUCGACAACGCUUCCAUUUUCCUUUACCACUCAUUGUGGCUGUCAACAAUGGCAACUUCAGUUGACCACCGUCAUUGUCGGACCACCUUCUUCCUCAAUAAAUAGCACCGGUCGACCGCCUCCCUCGACCACCUGUAGCCGUCGUCCAGACGUCACCGACCACCAACACUAG